GUUCAGUUAUACAGGAUGGUAACAGUUUUAUUUUAAAUGCCUCAAACGGAAGUGUUUCUAAAUGCUGUGUAACUUUGCGCACUUCAGUGAAGCAGAGCGGUCAAAGUAUCGGUAACUAUCAGACUACUUUGCUGUGGGAAUUCCUGCCUGGGGUUGGAAUACUUUUGUGUAACUUAGCUUUGGGACAAGCUCAAACAAAUGACGUUUUUGACGUGGUCCUGAGUCUUGGAGCUUGUGUUUACCUGUGGAGCUAAUGUGUCAACUGGCAGGCAACGGUUUCCCCUCGUACCGUGUUGUGAUGGCUAGCCGCCGUCGCUAGCAGGCUAGCUAGCUAUAUGGCUGGUGUUGGUACUGCUGUAAAGAAGGCGAUAAUUAGCUAGCAAGCGGGCGACGCUCGCCCGGCUGCUCGUUUGUUUCAGAUAGUUCGCCAUCUCCUGACACCCCUGAUAAGGCGACUUAACGGAUAAUGCGUUGAAUGUUACAGUAAGGAAGAUCAUCAGAUGGCGAGAUGAUAUCUAUACGCGGAGGAUUACACGUUAUGCCUCUCGAAAGCAUGGAGUGAUUUAAAAAAUAAUCAUGCACGCCAUCAAAUUAGAUCUCGCUUACUGCUGCAGAGAUUCCUUUUUAUUACAUUUGGAUGUAUCAGGCAGUUUUUAAAGACCAGCAUCUACGACUGGAUGUGCAGUCUUAUCAUUUUUUUCAGCGUGCUUCCGGUAAAACAUUAACUAUGUGUCUAUGCGGGUUGGACAUGCUCAGAUUCAUAUAAACAUUAGCGUGAACUCGUGUGUAGGAAGCCCAAAGAAGGAAGUCCAGGACGGGAUAGGUGCACAGAAACUACCCGUUCCCAAAGAAACAUGGCCUCUGUUUGGAAGAGACUGCAACGUGUGGGGAAGCAUGCCUCCAAAUUUCAAUUCGUGGCUUCCUAUCAGGAACUGAUGGUGGAAUGCACUAAGAAAUGGCAACCAGAUAAACUGGUGGUGGUUUGGACACGCAGGAGUCGACGGAAAUCCUCCAAGUCCCAUGGCUGGCAGCCUGGUAUCAAAAAUCCCUACAGAGGAGUGGUGGUGUGGCCUGUACCAGAAAACAUUGAGAUCACUGUCACUCUUUUUAAGGACCCCCAUGCAGAGGAGUUUGAAGACAAAGAAUGGACUUUUGUCAUUGAAAAUGAGUCUCCAUCAGGGAGGAGGAAGGCCUUGGCCACCAGCAGUAUAAAUAUGAAACAGUACGCCAGUCCCAUGCCCACACAGACAGAUGUCAAACUCAAAUUUAAGCCCCUGUCGAAGAAGGUAGUUUCAGCCACGCUGCAGUUCUCCCUCUCCUGCAUCUUCCUCCGUGAGGGAAAGGCCACUGAUGAGGACAUGCAGAGCCUGGCCAGCCUGAUGAGCAUGAAACAGGCAGAUAUUGGCAACUUGGAUGACUUUGAGGAGGAGAAUGAGGAGGAUGAGGAGAACAGGGUUAACCAGGAGGAGAAGGCUGCCAAGAUCACAGAGAUAGUAAACCAGUUGAAUGCCCUCAGCUGCUUACAUGGGGAUGAUGAUGAUGAUGAUGGUGGUGUCCCUAAGCGAGCACGCAAAGCAACCGCUAAGCCUGCCGCUUCCUCCCAAGAGCUGAUCAACAAGCUGAACUUCCUGGAAGACGAGGAUCAGGAAACACCUCCCUCCAUGAGCACCAAUCCCUUCGAUGAGCCUGAUGACGACCUUCAUUCUAACCACCUCAACCCAUUUGGUGAUCCUGAUGAGGAGGAGCCUCCUGCUCAGCCAGUUUUACGGAAGCGAGUAGAUGAUGAUUCCUUCUAUGACCAUAACUCCUCAAAUCCCUUCAAUGACCCGGAUGAAUCAGAGACACAUACACCCCCUGGGAACCCUUUUGAGGAGCCAGACCAGGACAUGGACCCCCAGCCAGACCCGGAACCUCCAAAGCCCAGGCAGAGAAAAGGGGUACGGCCUGUUGACAUGAGCAAAUACUUGUACGCCGACACGUCUCACAACGAGGAGGAGGAGCUUGACGAAUCCAACCCGUUCUACGAGCCAAGGACAUCAAGCCCUGCACAGCCCCCCGCUGGCGGCCCCUCCCUCGAUGUGGGCAGCAGCCAGAAGAGGAGGGCUCCCCCGCCCCCAAGUUCCAGCUCUGGCCUCGGCCCCAGUCCACCAGCUCCCAAACCCAGCUCUGGUCCAGACAGGGAGAGAGCCCAGCCAGUCGGGCCCAGCCCAGUGGCAGCGGUGAUGGGGAGAGAGCUGGCCUCCUCUUCCCCCAAGCCUAGCCCCGUCCCGAGUCCAGUUCUGGGAGGGAAACCAAACGCGAGCCAGUCUCUGCUGGCCUGGUGCCGCGAGGUCACCAAGAACUACCGUGGCGUGAAGAUCACCAACUUCACCACCUCCUGGAGGAAUGGGCUGGCCUUCUGUGCCCUGCUGCACCACUUCAGACCUGACAUAAUAGACUACAAGUCGCUCAAUCCUCAGGAUAUUAAAGAAAACAACAAAAAGGCGUAUGAUGGCUUUGCAAGCCUUGGCAUCUCCCGUCUCCUGGAGCCAUCUGACAUGGUGCUGCUGGCUAUUCCUGACAAGCUAACAGUAAUGACCUACCUGUACCAGAUCCGGGCCCACUUCUCCGGUGAGGAGCUCAAUGUGGUGCAGAUAGAGGCCAACAGCAGUCGGAGCACAUAUAAGGUGGGCGACUUUGAAACCGACACAAAUGCCUCCAUAGGCCAGGACAAGUUCUAUGCUGAACUCAACGACGUGCAGCACCGCCAGGCUGCAUCUCAGCCUGCUGCAUCUGCUGGCGGUUUUAACACUGAGUCUAACGGCACUAAAGCCACCGAGGAAGAGGUGAUGGAGCCAGGCUGGAAGGCUGAAGUAGGAGCAGUUUCGGCCAGCUUGGCGACAGCAGGGCCUUUGCAGUCCUCACCUCCUGUCCCAUCACCGCGCACAGUAUUAGCCGGCAUAGCAACAGACUCGGCCCACGUGACACCGCCAGGCUCUGAGGACAGGGGGAAUCUGCUCAAAGCCAACACUUUAGACCUUAGUGAGUUACCACAGAGAGUGGAGAGAGAGAUGGAGAAAGAAAGACAACAGAAGGAGGAGGUGAGAGAGGACAGAAAGGAGGGAAGUACAGAACCAGGGUCCCCUACCAGGAGAGGGGCUUCUUCCUCCUCCUCCUCCUCCUCACCACCCCACCAGAAACUGGGCUUCUCCUAUAACAGGGACGCUGACCUCAUCAAGAAGAAGAGGGCCAGCCUGCGCCACUCAGAGUCUGAACCAAGCUCAGACACCAGCUCUCCUCCAGUCAACCACACAGACAUGCCUCCCAAACAGGAGUCAACACCUGCCCCUGUAUCAAGUCCCCCAGCUGAGAAGAAGGUGCUCUCUCGUCAAGAGGAGCUGAAAGAGAGAGCCAGGCUCCUCCUGGAGCAGGCCCGCAGAGAUGCUGCAAUGAAAGCCGGCAACAAGAACGUCCCCAACUCAGCUGCGUCUGCACCAACCAGGGCCACAAAUGUCUGUGAUGAGCGGGAUGCAGAGCGGCGAAGACAGCUGAGAGAACGAGCGAGACAGCUGAUAGCUGAGGCUCGAUCUGGAGUCAAGAUGUCUGAUAUGAGUCUGCUGGAUGUGUCCAGCACUGAGAGAGGGAAGGGCAGCAAGGGUAGCCCAGCUGGAGAUGUUUUGGAUGGAGUGAGAGGUCAUCAUGAGGAUGAUGGCGAAAGGGGUGAGGAGGAGGAAGAGGGGAGGGCUGAGGAGGAGAAGUUCCAUUUCGGUGGUGGUGGUGGUGGUGAUGCUGUUGCUGCAGCCACAUCUUCGUCUGCACUGAUUACUAACCCACUGCCACUGGAGGCUUCACUUCCGACCACUUCCACCCUGGGGCCCCUGGAGCUUACUAACCCUGGCUCUGAGCUAACCUCUCUGGGUACCAACAGUAAGCACGUGGAUCUCAAGUUUAAGAAGCUGGUGGAGGUCAGCCCCAGAGGAGUCACCUCCCCUUCAUCCCCGUCCUCCACCUCCUCCUCAUCCUCACCCACUGCCUCCUCUACCUCCCCACUCAGCCCUGCAGAAGGACUGGAGAAUAAUGCUGAGGAGCUGCGAGCGGAGCGGCUGCGCAGAGCAACAGAAAGGUUGCGUAGCCCAGUAGUCUUCAACAAAGACUCUGCAGUCCGGAAAACACAGCUGAAGUCCUUCAGCCAGUAUGUGGAGAGCAGACCAGAGGUGAAGAGACAGAAGUCUGUUCCUGAGGAUCUGAGGAAGGCUGAGGAGGAUAGGGGUUCACCGACAGACAUUGAUAUUUGCAGACCAUUUGAGGAAGAGAAGGCGUUCAAAGACACCAGUCAGUAUGUGGUUGGGGAGCUGUCUGCGCUGGAGAGCGAGCAGAGGCACAUAGACGCCCGAGCAGCUCGCGUGGAGAAGAGGCUGCGCUAUCUCAUGGACACAGGAAACAACAAGGAAGAGGAGGAGGCCAUGAUGCAGGAGUGGUUCAUGUUGGUAAACAAGAAGAACGCUCUCAUCAGAAGACAGAACCAGCUCUCUCUGCUGGAGAAAGAGCACGAUCUGGAGAGACGCUUCGAACUGCUGAACAGAGAGCUGAGAGCCAUGCUGGCCAUCGAGGACUGGCAGAAGACUGAGGCCCAGAAGAGACGAGAGCAGCUGCUGCUGGAUGAGCUGGUCAUACUGGUCAACAAACGAGACGCGCUGGUCAGGGACCUGGAUGCCCAGGAGAAACAGGCCGAGGAGGAGGAUGAGCACCUGGAGAGGACGCUGGAGCAGAACAAAGGCAAGAUGGCAAAGAAAGAGGAGAAGUGUGUCCUUCAAUGAUUGUCAUUUCAGAAAAACACAACCAACAAAUGUAGCCGAUAAAGGAAAUGUACCAUUAUUAUUAUUAUUAUUGAUAUAAUUAUUAUCAUUAUUAUUAUUUGAUAGUGGCUUAUAGACAUUUCUAUCAGUUGUUUGAAUCCUUAUCUGGUUGUUGUUUCAGUCAAAUUAACUGCAGAGACUCGGCUGAAUUAAAGAGGCCUGCGAUGCCUUUGCACCAACUUUAUACUGACUCAAACUGUCCCACAUAUAUACAAUAAUUUUUAUUUUAAUUCUCCUUUGCUUUACCAAGAGCGGUACUUGUAUGUAAUAUAAAUAUGUGUGAGACAUGGGCAGUGCAAACCCUAUCAGACGGUGUGAUAUUUGUAUGUAAUAGUUGCAGCAGCAGCAGCACAGCCUUCUCUGUGUGAAUGUGGAGACCAGUCGGUUUGAGGUACAGCACAACAGGGUUUAAUGGGGGGAUUUUUCUUUAUCUUUUUUUUUUCCAUCACGUUGAGAAGAUGAUAAGGGGGUUGACGUUUCAGCUGGACUUUUAAAAGGAAAAAAAAGAGUCGUUAUAACAUCAGUCUUUUCAAGCUACUUCAUUACUUGACUGUGUAUCUUUUAAUUAUUUCUCUUUAAAGUUUUUACUUGUAAAAUAUCUUAACUGGGGGGAAACAUUACCGUUCAUAAAUCUUGCAUAAAUCUUAACUUUCCUAUUGCUUUUUUAUUGUCUUGGCUUGAAAGCAGUUUACCAAAAGAAAGAACAUGUUUAAAAAAGAAAACUCGUUGUAUAUUUUCCUCACUGCUCUGACCAAUAGCUUCCAAAAUCCUCUUUAUUUGUCAGGAUUCAUGCAGUCAAAAACAAAAUAUAUAUAUAUAUAUAUAUUAUUUAUUGCCGUUUGUCCUAUAAGCUGCUUGUAACUGAAUCUACCAUCACAUUUCAUUGCAUUUUGCUCAGCAACUUUUUGGUUUCUAUUUAUUGUAUUCUGAAGAAGAGAAAUAUGCUUCCACGUGCAUCUCUUAGAGCUCCACAUCUGGUGCAGUUGUCCUUUACGUGUGAACAUUUAUUACCUGUUUAUUUAUUCCAGUGUCAUAACCCACGUCUUCAAUAAUAAAGUCCUUAUGAUUUCAUACUCCACAA